AUGGCGCUAAAGAUAUGGACAUUUCUGUUAGUAAUGUCGCUGCCGGCUGCUGAGCGUGGACGCAGUUUCGGUUCAUUGGCGGCUGUAGUAUUGGGCAAUAUCGAUUACCACCAAAUCCAACACAAACUGUUCAGUCCCAUCGGUAUCGGUGACAGUGACGGUAAAAUAAUUCCGCCUGCAGAUCCACCUGCAUUUCCUCCGACGCUGUGGUGGACUGGCCAUCGGGUAGACAAGCGGGCAGCCCCUAAGAUAACCAACAAGAACCCGUUCGCGACGGCCGCGUCUUCGGUAACACCGUCAGCCGACGGCCGAUGCAUGGCCCGCGUGCAGUCAGCGCUCGGCGACAUGAUGUCCUCAGCGACGGGCACCAAAAACGGGAACCGACGUCACACCGCCGUCCCACAGCCUCCGUCCGGUUACAUGGACCUGUCGGGUUACGCGCUACACCAACGGUUGCGGACGGCGCCCGGCGCUGAAAUGUACGUGACCGGGAUGCGCGCCAAAGUAAUGCCACCACGCGACGCCGCCGCCGCAGAAUCAGUCGCCAAACGGCGGCGACACCGGUGGCUUCGGUGGCGGCGCGGGUGGCGACCGUUCGUGGGCUCGAGUGGACGGGUGUCGGUAUGA